CUUGUAAGCGCACGUUUGUGAAGUUUUUAUUAAAGUUUACACACGUUUCUCAUUUUUAAUUUUUGUUUUACGUUAAAACGUAUUUUAUUAUUUAGUCUUAAAAAAUUCAUUAACAGAAAAUAGAGUUUGCAAAGUGUAGUUCACUUAACUAACUUGUAAAAAUGUCAAAGUUUCCAUUUCGUUAUUGGGAGUUCUUCUGGUAUUUAUGUGUUGCAAUUAUUGGAGGGGUUGGUAACUUUAUUGUUCUUUUUGUCAUCAUUAAAAGCAAGAAACUGAAAAGCAGUUCUCCCUUUAAUAUACUUAUUUUUGCUUUGGCUUUAACUGACUUAAUGGCGUCGUUAAUAGGUUUACCAAAUUAUAUUUUAUCAACAGACGCAUUUGAACAUCCUACUGGUGCAAAUGGAGAUUUAUUAUGUAAACUUUUUACAGGGUAUUUUUGGACGUUUUGGCUUUUGGAGCUGUCGGUAAUUCUUCUUGUACUUAUUUCACUUGAACGCAGAGCAGUAGUUUUAAAUCCAUUUCUUACAUUUUAUGAAACUUCAUUUAAAAAGACCGUUGCACUUAUUAUUGGUUCUAUUUUCUUUACGUUUUUGAUAAGUACUCCAAACAUUGUUGGUGUUGUUUACGAUAAGAAUAAUGCAAGGGGAGGAAACUUUUGCCGCUAUAAAUAUACCUACUAUGAAUCUCUAGGAAUAUAUGGGGCUAUUUUUUUACUUGAUACAAUUAUUCCGUCUGGCAUAAUUCUACGUUGCUUUUACGACAUAAAAAAUACACUCAAAAAAUCAGAUAUUUCUAUAACACCGAAAAUAACGUCCUACGAAAGUUUAAAAACGUCUGAAAAGAAAAACAAUCCUAAAAUAAAAACAGCAGAAACUUUACAGCUUGUGGUUCUCGCUUUUUUUGUUUGUAUAAUUCCAAAUCAAAUCUUAUACGUCAUGUCUUUUGCAAAAGUUAAAGAAAUCACGUGGAAUUCACAAAUUUAUCAGAUCGCUGUUUUGCUUCGUUUUUCAAAUUCAUGUAUAAAUCCAAUAUUGUAUAGUUUCCAUAGCGUAAAUUUUAGGCAAAACGCCCGCAUUGCUUUUAACUCGUGGAUGAAAAGAAAUCAACAAAUUAAUUUUUAUACGAGGGAAAGUUUUAUUACAAAAUAUCGUAGUCAAAGUAUUAACUCAAACGUUGACUCUAUAGAGAGCAAUCCAAUUAUAUAGAUUUUUAAAAACUAUUUAUAUACCAAUUUGUAAUUUAAGUUGGAAAUUUUAGAGAACAAAACGUUUUAUAAUUUCAAAUUAUAAAACUAUAUUUAUGUGUUUAUCAAUAUUUAUCUAUCUAUAUAUCAAGUUAAUUUCGUAAAAUUUUUUAUUUUUAAAUACUUUAUAAAGUAAAU